AUUGAGUUCGUUCUCGUUUUUCAAAAAUCAACUUCUUCAAGAUUGUGCGCGGAAGCUGGAGAACAACUUGAAGUUGAAGAUUGGUGAAGUACUACUACAGAAGUGAAACAACAAACUACAACUGAUUGAUGUGUUGAUUCCAUUUCAAAAAACAAAAAGGAUAAACAAAUGACUGUUCCUCCUCACGACAAGAGCAACAUGAGCGAGCAACAGCAAGGCUUACUUCAUCUUCAGUCAUGUCCUCCUGAUGGUACAACAACUGGAAUGGAUGGAGCUGGGGGCACGACUAUGUUUGCUGCGCAUGAUCCUAAUUAUGCCUCUCCACCUUUGCCUGGCGAGACGUCUGCGACACACAAGAAGAAGCCGCCUCAACCGGCGUCGUCUGGCAAUCCUAUCUUGAUGUGGACAGCUAUCGUCGCCACCUCUCUACUCGUAAC